AUGGUGUUGGAACAUGGUCAAGGCUGUCACAGAAAAGACAGAGACAGAUGUAGAAGGAGGGAGAGAGGGGGAGAAGGUCUGAAAAAGCCAAGCAGAAGAACCAUCUCUUCCAACCCCACCCUCCCCUCUCCUCUUCCUCCCCCUCCUCGCCUUCCUCUUCGCUUACGUUGUAAAUCUAAGUCACCGUCAACCAGUACCAGACACUCAACCCCAAAACAAGCCUUGGAUUUGGACAAAAUCACUGCCACCCCUGAUCCAGAAGACAGGAGGCAAAUCCGCAGAGAGUCCCAUGACCUCAGGAGCUCCAAGGGUUCAGAGCUGGACAGGAAGUGGGAGGGUGUGGCCCUGGAGUUGCGUUGCUAUGGCAGCAGGAUGAGGUCAGCAGUGUACCAGACUUCAGACAUGCCCUCCAUGGUCAGGACCAAGAGACAGUUGGAGCAAAGUGAUAACAAAGGGCAGUCUCAAAACAUAUUUACAAACAGGAAUGCGCUUCUGUCAUUGACUGAUAUUUUGCAAACUUCUCCACAGUGGAAGACUCGGUGGGUCGUUCUUCGGAAACCCUCUCCAGUCGCAGACUGUCUCUACCUGCUGGUUUACAAAGAGAAGAAGAAAGGGAGGGAGAAAGGCAGCUGCAACAAGGAGAGGCUCAAUGUGACCCUGGAGGGAAUUUGUGGCGUGGAACCAGGGACUGGGUAUGAUGGAGUAUCCUACACCCUCUCAAUCAUCUGCCUGGCACACACGCUGGUCCUGGGCUUCAGCAGCCGAGAUGCCCUGCUGGCCUGGGAUUCCCGGGUUUGCUACAGCCUGGGAGAAGUCCACAGGUUCAGUGUCAACGUGGAGCCAGGUACCAAACUUGAAAGUGGCCCUGCUUUCCUUCACCUAUGCAACAACCUACUGGUCCUUACUAGAGGUGUGCCACCUGUUGUCAUUGGCCACUGGAAGUUGUCUGCAUUACGUCGAUAUGGGGCUGUGCCAAAUGGCUUUGUGUUUGAGGGGGGGACUCGCUGUGGAGUCUGGGCUGGUGUUUUCUUCUUGUCCUGUUCUGAAGGAGAACAUAUCAAUUUCCUAUUUGACUGCAUUGUCAGGGGCAUAACACCCAGCAGGGCCCCUCAUGGCCUGCGACCUGCCCUGCCAGAUCCCAAUGCUGACCCAGAUUCAGCUGAGAAACGGAUCAGUCAGGAGGCAUCAGAGCUGGAAAAAAGACUCAGCAUGUUGUCUAUCUGCAGCCUGGCAAGCAGCACAGCAUCCACUUACAGCUUCAGCACAUCUGUUGCGGGGGAUGACCAAAGUAGCAUCUCCAGCUCCUCCUCUAGCCAAUCGGAUGCAAGCUAUGGAAGCAGACUUCCAUAUUGGGUGGAGCCAUUAGCUAGACCUCAUCCCUCAAAUGAGACAGCAUCAAGCUCCUCAACCCUGAAAGCUUUGAACAGUUCAGAUGACCGGCUUUAUGCUGCUGUGAUGGGAAGCUCCAGCAGUCAUCUAUCCUCCACCACGCUCCCUCCCCGUGCUCUCCAUGAUAGUGGACGACAGAGCUCCUUAGACAGUGGGAUUGGGAUAGCGACAGCCAGUCAGUCGUCUUGUUCAGGGAGCUUAUCCUCUUUUACAGGGAGUCUGGACACAGCUUGCCAGGGAGGAGGAGAGGCGUUUGGUUCCUUGACCAGCCUUACAGCUUCUCCUCCUCCUCUUCUACCACUGUCUACACCUUCAUAUGUUCCUCCAUCAUCUCCUCCUCCUCCUUCUCAGUCCACACUUACCUCAGAGCAAAGUUCAGCUACCUCCCUCUUCCCAUGUGCAUCCAGAUCUAGCUCUUGUGCAUCCUCGAGGCACAGUGUGGAAUAUCAAAUCCCCAGCCUGCUCAGUCGUUGGUAUGACACUCCCAGGAAUUUACUCCAAGCACUCUCCCAAAGGGAUACCUCCUCCCUAGAGGGCCCACCUGAGCUGGGAUGGGACAGCGUGAGCAGUAGUGAUGGAGGGGCUAGACAGGGACAAAGGAUUACCAAAAGUCCCACAGGACUCAUGGCUCAGUGUCAGGCCACAAUGCAGCGCUCACACUCUUGGGGCAGUGAGAGGAUGUUCUGUGUAGACAGUGAGGAGAGUUCCACACCUAGACCACAGCAUGUUCCUGGAGACCUGGAUUGUGGAGAAAAACAGUGCAGUCAUGGUUUAGAUAACUACGUUACACCAGAGCAGUGGCGAUCAGCAAGAGCCAGUUGUGUGACUCAGAUUGCCAACUCACCAUCAGGCCUGUCAUCUUCUGCAGAUACACAAGACCCUCCUGUCUGCGCAAGACGGGAACAUAAGGAAACUGGGGAAGUUGUUGAUAAGUUGGCGGGACUGAAGAGGACGGAACCCUCUCGACCACCCUCUGCCCCUCCUCCUCUGCCUUUUCCACUGAGAAUGCUUAGUCCAAAAACAAUCAUCGGUAAAUCUCAGUCUACCCAUGAGGCUCCUCCGCCUGUGUCACUGGAGAAUGAUCUCCAAAGCAACAGCACUGUUAACUAUGUUAACAUCCCCAUUAUCCCCCUAUCAGCUAAAACUCGCCAUGAGUCCCUUUACACAGAACUGGACCUGCAUGGGACUGGCUCAGUGACAGUCUUGAGUGCUGUCAGACGUAAAUAUUUGCAGCUCUGAAGACCAAGUACGAACACCGAUCAUCGGAGGCCAUUAAGAUGUAUAUUUGUCUCUUGCUGUAGCAGCCAUUUUAUGGGAAUGUCCAAUCCAAUGUCUCUGACACCCAUGGGCCUACUGCUACAUUGUCAAACACAGUGCUGUUGUGAAGGGAUAGUUCCUUUUUUGUGCAAGUGUAUGAAGUUAUAUCCCUUUCAUAAAACAGGGUAUAACUGAACAACCUUGUUGAGUUGAGGCAUUUACCAUUUUCCAGUUUGUGUACAGAUUCUUGCUUAGUAUCCCAAUAGCUUCUGCCUAAUGUAUAUAUUUUAUAUUUCAGGAUGUAUAUGGAUUUUUUUUCAAUUCAAUAUAUAUUAUGUGAUUCAAUUAAGUACACAAUGACAGGGCAAAGGUGUUUAUUCAUGUACAUUUGAAUUCAGUUCAGCUUGAAAGCUAAUUAGUGGGGUAUAGCCAGAAGUUUAUUGAUUGCAAACAAAAAGAGUGGCAUAAAGCAAUUUUACUCAUGACUCAACAUAAUCAUGUAUGAGCAAGAAACAGUAAUUUUAAUCAUUUUAUCAUCAGAUGAGAUCGGUUAACUCAAUCGAGGGUCAAUGGAACACAAGCUGCUCUUAGACUGGUUUGUUUUUCUACCGGUGAAAACAUGAAGUUCAGAAAAACAUGUAACAAAGAAAAAUAAGUGCAUAUUCUCUGUUUCCCCUUUACAAUUUCAUUACAAGAAGUAUGCCCACCUACAUAUUAUUGCCGUGACAAAAGUUCAGAAUGUCCUGACAGAGCAUAUAUCUAGGACAGGAAGAACAGACUGACUCAGCUGGUGACCAGGCAGGUAGAGCCAGCAAAGUGAUUCUGACACUUAACUGACUGAAACUAGCUUCCAAUGUCAAUUCUUCUCUAAUUAAAAUCAUGCCCACAUUUAUGCCAGUGUACAGAAAAGCCCACUGACCAUCCAUUCUACAAAUAAGAAGAAUGAAAAUGAUAUGUCUCAGGGGUCUCGUAUGCAGCAGGCGUUUUGGAUGUGUUUUGUGUUCAGUUACUGUUUUUUCAUUUCAUAUGGGCUUAUGCUCUGUUAGUACUCUCCUGCCUUUGUUUUGAUGGCUUUUAUUCAGUAAGAGUUACAUUUUUAACUAUGAAGAGAUUUUGAGAGCACAUGGAAAAUGUAUUCCUGAGGAGCCAGUGGACAUUAGUGUUAAUAUUCUAAUCAAGGAAAGUCCUUCCCUAAUAACCCACAAUGUGACAAAGGGGUCAAAUGUCAAAAUGAUGGGAUGGCAAACUGUAUUUGAUUUAGUGAUUUAAAAAUAGGGACAGAAACAUCACCCUUAUGAUUAGCAAGGCUCUUAAAACGUUUUGAAAGCAAGUUGUGGUCAAAAUUCAGCAUUUGGCCAAAUGUGUGUUGAUGACUGAGUUCCUGCAUGCCAUAUAUCAAUAAAAUGUAUUUAUAACACUUA